AUGGCCAAGGGCAAAUCACAGAAAAAGCACAAUCGCCCUGCUAACAAGUACGCGGCGCCCCCCGGAGACGACCCAGACAAAUCCGCGGAGCAGAUCAAGGAAGAGGGCAACGUCGCGUUCAAGGCCCAGCGCUACGGCGACGCCAUCGAUCUCUACUCAAAAGCCAUCGACCUCGCCCCGCACGAAGCCGCCUACCUCACCAACCGCGCCGCCGCCUACAUGGCCCUCAAACGCUUCCGCCCCGCCCUCGCCGACUGCCAGUCCGCCGCCACCCUCCAGUCCACCUCCACCACCGGCACAUCCGGCGCCCCGCCCAAAACCCUCCUCCGCCUCGCCCGCUGCCACCUCGCCCUCGGCGCCCCGGAUCCCGCCUCCGCCGCCCUGCGCGCCGCACUCGACACCGAGCCCGCGAACGCACAGGCCCAGGCGCUCCUCGACAGGGUGCGCGAGCUCGAGGCGCACCUCGCGACGUUCGACGGCGCGCGCGCGCGGGGCGAGUGGGCGCUCGCACGGCUCGCGCUGGACAAGUGCCGCCAGGUCGUGGAGCGGGAGGGCGGCGAGGUCCCGCUCGAGUGGCGCCUGUGGAAGGUCGAUCUCGAGCUCGCAAAGGGCAACUGGGACGGGGCGAGCAUCAGCGCCAACGACGCUCUCCGCUACGCGCCCCAGUCGCCCGAGGCGCUCACGACGCGCGGCCUCGUCCUCCUGCUGUCCGGCAAGCUCCCGCAGGCAAAAGACCACGCCGCGUCCGCGCUCCGCCUCGACCCCGCCCACGCCCCCGCGAUGCACCUCCGCAAACGCGUGCGCGAGAUCGAGCGCCUCAAGGAAGAGGGCAACGCCGCGUUCAAGGCGAACAGACUCGACGACGCGCUCAGGAUGUACGACGAGGCGCUCGAGCACAUCGGCGAGAGCGACGCAGAAGGCCGCGGCGGCCAGAUCCGCGCAACACUCCUCUCCAACCGCGCCACCGCGCUCUCCAAGCUCUCGCGGCACGAAGACGCCGUGCUCGCCUCCUCGCUCGCGCUCGACCUCGCGCCGACGUUCUUCAAGGCGCUGCGCACGCGCGCGCGCGCCGAGCUCGCGCUCGAGCGCUUCGACGAGGCCGUGCGCGACUUUGGCGCCGCGCUCGAGUGCGCCGAGGCCGGCGCGGAGACGCGCGCGCUCAAGGCGGAGCUGAAGAAGGCGGAGGCGGCGCUCAAGCGCAGCAAGAGCAAGGACUACUACAAGAUUCUCGGUGUGGGGCGGGAGUGCACGGAGGUGGAGAUUAAGAAGGCGUAUAGAAGGGAGAGUCUGAAGCAUCAUCCGGAUAAGGGCGGCGACGAAGAAAAAUUCAAACUCGUCGUCGAAGCACACGCCGUGCUCUCCGACCCCCAGCGCCGCGAGCGCUACGACCUCGGCGAGGACGAGGACGGCGCGUCCUCGAUGGGCCCGGGUGGCGCCGACAUGGACGACAUCGCGCAGAUGUUCUUCCAGGGCGGGUUCGGCGGCGGCAGCGCGGGCGCGGGCGGUGGCAAUCCCUUUGGAGGCGGGGGCGCGGGCGGGUUCAGGUUCAGUACCGGCGGGCCGCAUUUCCAGUUCUGAGUUUUUUUGAUGUUCUACGUUACGUUAUUUACCGCUUUUUUUACUGUACAUACGCGUCCCGCGUCCAGGGUGGAGGUGAUCUGCCUUGGUGGCGCACUCUCGAUAUCUUUUUGUG